AUAUUGAUCAUUGAUAUUAGAAGUGAUAAUGUGAAUACAUCAUCAAAUGAUGGUAAAGCUUUACAAUGGGACUGCACCCGUUAGAGACUAAGUCAACAAGAUCAGCCAAUAAUUUUGGGGAUCCUGAGGGGCAUUGGGGGUGGAGAUUUUGCUUAUAGUAAGCAUUUUAAAGAUCAAAAAGUGGAAAAUUAUAAAACCCAAAUGAAAAUGGCAUUUCUUAUGGUAAAGAAAGUGGAAGAUAGGAAACUGGAGACAAGAUACAGCUCCCAGUCACUGUAUUUCCUUAUUGGGGCUCUACCCUCAAACCCCCUCUGGUUGCCGUAUUUUCCUAUCAGGGCUCUGCCCUUGGUCCCCUUUCCAGUCACUAUAUUUCCCUACUGGGGCUCCACCCCAGGCCCCUUCCCAAUUGCCACUGACUGCAUUUAUAGGUACAUAUUGGGUUUACCUUAUGUUUGAAGUGAGGGUGGCUGGGAUUUGACAAACCUCCGACAGAGAUCUGUAGCUGGAAUGAAGUUAAUGUUUUUCAAUUAAUUUAGUGUUAUUCUGAUAUUAUAAUAUUAGUAAGAGAUCACUUUCACUAGAAAGUUGUUAAAGAAUAUGGAAACUCAAGUAGCACUGUAAACACCUUUUGAAUGAGCAAUGAGUACUGUGGCAACAAAACUGUCAAAUUUGUUGGUAGAUGGCCGCGCAUGCACAAGUACGGAUGUAUUUCUAAAAAAAAAUAUGGUGCGUAUAUAAUGGAAUAGAUGGCAUCAUAUAUUUAAAGAAUGAAGAUUUAAUAAUUAUGCAUCUCAGUAUAAUUUUAUAUGAAUUAAAUACAGAAUUACAUUAUUAGUACAGAGUAUUUCUAAGAGAUUAACAAUGAGUGGCUGUGACAACACAAACUACAUACACCAAAAAGGAAUAGAAAACAGUUGUUAGCCAUUUAUUAGAAAUACAACUGUUUUGCAUUCAAUACAACUACAAUAACAUUGUCAAAUAUUUCUUUUAGAAAUAUUUGACCACUUAAAGUUAAAAAGUAGUAGGUUUACUGACAAAAUAAACUUUGUUGUUUGAAAGUGAAAUUAAAGAGGGUUGCUUUUUUGCCACUAUCUUUUUUUCUUUUCUUUUUUUCUUAAGAAACAAACUUUUCACAGUAUCAUACAAUCUUUGUUAUUUUCGGAAGGGCUUAAAGUUUUUUGUUAAGCACAAAAAAAAAAAAAGAAAAAAAAAAGGUGCUCAAACAAAUGCAAGGCCUGAGUGACACCAAUAUGUUGUCUAAUGUAAGGAACUGAAUAUAUGCAGUGGGGAUUUGCUGGCUUUUGCCGGAGCAGUAACAUAGGCACCAUUAUUGUGCAACCCACAGAUUGGUCCCAUGUCAUAGGAAGGUCCACAGUACAUGAAAAGGAAUUGCAAAUAGAUUGCAGAAAGCAGUGGAAAAUUUAUCCCUAACAAUAACCUCUCAAGGUUAUGUCUUGCCAACUUUGCAGGGGCACCAAUGAUAUCACGAGAAGGGAUCCCCUGGAAAUUCUAUAAGAGUAUCUGCAUGAUAGUACAAUUUUUCAUUGUCAUUAGUUCCUUCCUUGUUUACCCUGCAGUGUCCUAAAUAUACUUCUAGGUUGCAGAAGGAAUACCACUUUUAAUUCAGAUUUCUUUCAUGGUGAAUUGGGAUUAGCCGCUUGUUGGAGAAUUGCAUUUGGAGGUUGAGGGAACCUCUACCCCAGUAUCUGGAGAUCUCAGCUGCAGGGUGGAGACAACAAUGUCAUCACCUGUGUUGCUUGGUGGACAGGUGGUAAUGGAGAACAAUGGAAUGAUGAUGGAGGGGUCAGAAGAUGUGGUGAUGGAUGGGACACAAGUGGUGAUGGAAACCCCUCAGGUUGUCAGUUCCCAAGUGAUGAUUGAAGGAUCACAAGUCAUGAUGGAGGAGGGAGAUGGCACAGAGUUUGGAGCAUCUGUUUUGAAUCCACCCCACCAUGGCACAGUGACAGAAGCCAUUGGAGAUCCAGUUUCAGUGAAGGAGGAGGACUUGGAAAAUGGACAGUAUGCUCACAAUCAGCCAAUACUUAGCCUGGAGCAGCCCAAUGUCCAUGAGGAUGUCAUGGGCACAGGGACUCUGGAAGAUAACCAGGAAGGAGAAAUUCUCCUGAGGAACUUGGUGAAUGAGACCUUUCACUCCUCAGCUGGUGCUGCUCAUCCCCAUGACAAUAUCAUUGUUACAACUAGCACAAUCACCACUGAUCCCAUGCACACGAUCCAGCAGCCCCUCCAGCAAGCAAAUAUGAUAACAGGAACAGGAAGUGAUACUACUAGCAUGACAGAUAUUUCAAAUAGUAUUCCAUCAGCAACAACCCCAACUAAAAUAGUGAUACAAACUAAUCAAGGAUCCCCAGUGAAGUCAAAUGCCGGACAUUUCCUUAUACAAGUGGGUGGCAACCCAGUUGCUGUGAGCCAGCCUCAGGUUGUCACUGUGGGAAACAAAAAGCACAUCAUCAUCCGUGCAGGCACCAAUCAGACGGCACAGCAGGUGAUUCCCAGCCAGGAAGAGGUUGAGGCAGUGGCCCAAAGUGGUGUCUUCCGUGUGAUAAUACCUGAAGGAACAACUAAGUAUACAAAGGGUCUGACUGUGCCUGUUGGCCAGAACGAACCAGUGAGAAAGCAUGUACAAAUUAAUCUUUCCGAUGGAACUUUGAAAAAACAGUCAAGGUAUAUGACCCACACUUCACAAACACAAGGAAAUUAUGAGGAAGACUUUGCAUCAGGAAGUGAUGCCAAGAGGUUUUAUGAGUGUCCAACAUGCAAUAGUAAAUUCAUGCGGCCUCUCUACUUGAGAAAGCACAUGCGAAGUUGUAAAAAGGAAGAGGUGAAAGUAGAAAAGGCUCCCUUAUACAUGUGUUCUUUCUGCAAGAUGACGUUCAAGACAAAACCUCAGAUCUCCCAGCAUUUUUUGAAGUGUUUCCAUAGCCCGUAUGGCAAAAAAGCUGCUGCAGUCAAGAGGAAAAAUGAGGAGAAAGAGACAGAACCAACACCAGCCAAGCGUGGGAAAGUGGAGACAGUUGAUCUGGAUCCCUCUCUGGAACAAGCAGUGCAAUUCAGAUGUCAGGACUGUGAUCGCACCUUUAACAAAGAGCGCCAGUACAGCAGCCACAUCAAGAAAUGUACUAAAGUGUCUGUCCAUGAUCUGUCUGGAGCCAGACAAGAGAUUGGUGGAGCUGAAGAGGAAGAGGAAGAGCCAGAACCCCAAGAAGACCCCUUUGCAGACCCAGACCCACUCCCUGCCCCAGCUAGAAGAGGGAGAGGACCAGGGAGAAGAGGGAGACCACCAGGAAGGGGGAGUCACACUACCUCAAGAGUGGGAGCAAGAAAUUCAGCCCAGCUUUUUGAUGGGACUCCUCCAGUACCAGCCUCCAAAGGCCUCUUAGUGGCAGACAAUGAGGGAUUAGUCCGCAGCACAACUGGCCUAGCCCACACAGUACAACUUAGCCUUGAGACUGCUAGCCAAGAAGGGGAACCACAGCCUACUGCCUUAGUUGCGGAUUCCAAGGGUGUAAGAGGAAGAGAGAAGCCCCCUCAGGCCUGGUCUCUGGUAUGUGCCCUCUGUCAGAAAAUGUUCAUAACCAAGGCAGCAUUGGCACAUCACGUUAUGACAGAACAUGGACCUGACCUCGAGCAUAUGCGAAAUAUACUUGAUGGAAAAUCAACAGACAACCAACCCUUGUUCAGAUGCCCAGUUUGCAGUCUUAAUUAUCAGACAGAAGACCAGUUUAUUGAGCAUAUGGUCCUCCAGCACACUACUCGCCUCCAGGAAACAUAUACACGCCUCCAGGGACAGACUGCAAACUUCGUGUGUUCCCUCUGCUCAUUAGUCCUGCUCACUAAGAACCUCUUAGUAGAACACAUGAGUCUUGUCCAUCUAGAGGAGUUGGAGAAACUGGCCCAGGGAGACACACAUGUAGAAAUGCUGUCAAAGGCCUCCGGCAGCCAAGGAACCCCAACUAAGGACUCACAAAGCCAGUCUUCAUUGCCACGACAGGAGGGACAAAGUUUAAAAGAGACAGUGCAAGAACCCAUCAAAGCAGAGCAGCCAGAUGAGCCCCUUGAGUGUGGGUUCUGUGGAGAAGAAAUCACCAGCCAAGUGGACAUGGUGGAACACUACAUUGAGUCACACGGCGUUGAGACAGAUGAAGAUGGCUGUCUGAUGGACUUGGGGAUAGACGUUGAUGUCCGAGUAAAAGACACAAAGAGCCUGCUACAGUUGGCAGAUGGCCGUGUGGACGACAAUGUUCCAGAGAAAACCGUCCUUAUACGGAAGAAACCAAGACAGAGCUGGCAAUGCAAGGAAUGUCAACAAGUAUUCCCCAAGCAUUUCGACUUUUUGCGGCAUGUUAGGGAAGUUUGCACAGAGGUGAGCCAGUCAAAUAAGUCCACUGUGUCAAGAGGUGGAAAUUUCAAAUGCCAAGAGCCAGGGUGUAGUCACCUGUCUUUCUACCAGGUAAAACUCCUAUUCAAGCACAUGGAAGAGGUUCAUAAAGUUGUCGUCCCAAGGGAAUUCAAGACAUUCAAGAGUCUGGCCAUGUUUUACCAGUGGCUUACCCUGGAGGAGAAGAAGUAUAAUGUCCGAUACAUUCGGGACACCACUCGCAUUGAGAAGAAUGAUGUGAAACUUAUACAAAUGGUGUGCCAUAGAUUCCAUACAGCAAAGAUUGAUCAGUCAAGAGAAAAAAAGGAAGGUGAGGUGGAGGGAGAAUCUCCAAGCAAACUGAAAAGGCGAUGGUUUGUCCGCAUACAAAGAUCUAGCAACUGUCAUGCACGUAUCCACUUGAAAGUGCAUUACAAUCCAGUCACUCAGGACUACGAUGCUGAGACACAGAUGGUGUACUACCCUCAGCACACUCACAAUGAAGUAGACCAUCCACAGGAUAUCAUGAACAGAAUUAUGGAGAGACACUCUAGAGAUAAAUCCAAUUACCUCUCCAGAAAUGGCAACAGAAAGCGUCUCAAGCAGAUAGUGCAGACUUCUACAUCCAGUGAAACACUAGGCAAAGUCAGAACCUCAGCAGUGGGUGAGGGUGAUGAGAGGCAUCAGAGAGAAGAGGAGGCAGGACAGCCAGUGAUGAUAGCAGGAUCAUUGAAAUUGGAGGAAGGAGGGACACUUACUGUUGAUCAGUACAUGAAGGAGUUUUGCCAGACGCAGUUAGAAGGGGAAGUAGAGGGAUCAACAGGGAUGGCAGUCUCUGCAGCAAGCAGUGCCUCAGGAACAUCAUCCACAUCUAUGCAAGCUGGAAGACAACCUGGCACUACUACUUCUGUCCUCAUGGAAGGCCAUGACACGAGUCUAGGAACUCCAUCAAUGUUUGUAGAUGGCACGAAUGAGGGAGGGUCGGCAGUGCUUGUGGAGAGUGGUGAGCCAGGAACUUAUGUAGUGCAGGAUGGAAUGAUGAUGAAUGUUUCUCAGGGGGAGUCACCUCAAAAGGAAGAUGGCACAGAGGAAUAUGUCCUGCCAGCUGAUGAAGCAGAAUGGACCAAGCUGUUUGAGGUUUUAAGACUCAGACUCAUGACAGCUGAGCUCAGCAGUCAGGAGAAAGUUGAGGGGGAGGGUCUCCUGACUUAUCAAAAUGUAAUAUCAUAUUUACCAUUGUCAGAACAGGUCACAAUAUUCCAACAACUUUGCUUACUAACUAACACUGCUAUUGAAACUGCAGACUAGAUUAAACUUCCAUUUUGUUAACUUGGUUGCCAGUAUGUAUUUAUAAAUAAAACAUAACCUUAAUUUAUCAGAUACAUUUGUUAGGCUCAAAAUUAUGUCAUUUUUGACAAGAAUUCACUCUAUCACAGAAAAAAUAAUGCAUAUGACCAAUCAAGUCAGGUGAUCAAUGAUUUGAGUAAUCUAAUGUGUAAUACAUUAAAACCUCUGUAUCACUUAUAAUAGGCAGCACAAACUUGAAUAUAUUACAUGCACAAUAUCUUAAAUCAUUUAGUUUUUCAUGUUUUAAUUGUUUUAUUUAAUGUUAUUGUUUUCUCUGUUCAUUCAAUAAGUCUUGAAGUAUUGAUUAAGAGCUGUCAGAUUACAAGCUGGCUACAAAAUUUGUAAAUAAACUAUAUAGUAUUUUUGUAUCCAAUUGCCUGAAGAUUGUAAAUCAAAAGGUUGAAGAGAAUGAGUAAAGUAUGAGGUGAAUUUUGCAUUUGUUAUAUACUCUCAGCUAUAGACAUUGUCUACCAGCCUUGACACAUGUAUAGUGAUGUCCACAGAGAAGGGUUGCAUAAUAGACGGAAAGCCAUAUUUGAGUCUGCCUGCUGCUACUUUGCUCCCCCGGUUAAAUUAUUGUAUAGUUAUUGUUUUAAUCAAUAUAUUCACCAUUGCCAUGUCAACUUUAUUGCAGAAUAUGUUUAAGAAAAGGAAGCAUUUAAAAAGUGUCUUAUUUGUUUACUUGACUAUUACCCAAAUUGUGGAUGAAGAGUUUUAACUACAUUUCUUUCAGCCAUAGUGGUUUAGUCUUUCUUGAUGGUUGGUAUCAACUUUUUUUUUUGUUUUCUUAUUUUAUUUGUUAUUGUUUUUUUUUUUUUUUUUUUUUUUUUGAGAAAAUGACAUGCCAUUUAUAUAAAAGUUUUUUAUAUAUAUAAUUCUUUUUACUGAUUAUAGCAUACCCAUUAUAAUUAAAUUUAUAUUUCUCAAAGUCAAUUUCUCAAAUAUCUGGCAACAGAAGUUCAACCAGGUGCAUUUGUUCUCUUAUUCAUACAUAGAUUGCAAGUAACAGAAAGAACAUUUAGUUUCUCCCUGUUUCCUAAGUGCUAUUUGUCACCCUUUGAGGGGAAGAGAUGGAGUCCCAGUGAAUCAGAGUACCUGAUAUCCGUGCUCUUGUAUUCCACUUACUAAGCUGCUUGCUUGGUGAAUUUUGUGUAUAGUUGUAAAGACACAAAUCUAUUUGCCUGUCAAGUACCUGCAAAGAAUUAUUGAAUCCUGAAA